AUGGAUCUAGCAUCUUUUGAUUCUUUUCGGGUAGAGAAAAAAGCUUGGUACGAUUUGGCCCAUCCAAUAGGAGAAAUUCUUCCGAAUGUAGAAGAAUAUAAGAGAUUUCUUCCCGGGGCCAUUCAAACUAUUCCCAACCACCCAAGAAGCUUUGCUACAGAUCAGCAAUUUGAGCCAUCAAUGAUAGAGUGGCAGGACCAAAAUUACAGCAAUAAGUUCGACGUGGAGUUGAAAGGAAGGGAGGAUGAAAAGUAUGGAAAGACGAAGGAAAGCAAAGCUCCAGAGAGAGAGAGAUUGUGCAAAGAUGGGCUUGUUUAUGAUCCAGCAACAUGGCAGAUCUUCCAGAUUAAGUUUUAUCAUGACCUUCCGGCAAACCCUAUCCAGAUAGCCUGGCCCUCGGAUUACACAGCCAUUGUGCAAAUCCUGGAGUCAUUCCCCAAGUUCCCCAGAUUACCAACAGAAGUCCGACAGAUGAUCUGGAACCACGCUUUGAACUGUCAUCCUCGAGCUGUCAAACUCAAGGUCGACCGGAAAUAUGGCUACUUAGGGUUACGCGAGGGUGGCGUGGAUACCAUUAAAUUGUCGUGCCACAUACGACAACAUGGUCCUGUUGCGGCUAAACUUCCAAUCCCUUUACUCUACGUCUGCAAAGAAUCAAACUUCCUCUUCUUGAAGAGAUAUAAGAAAAUGAAUUUGAUUGUUCCUGUCCAAGAAUUCGAUCUCGACUUGCGCCUUGUCGGUCUGGAAGUUGAUGAAGUUGCGAAUUGUGUGAUUCGGGUCGACCGCAAAGGAUAUAUUGACUUUCAGCAUGAUACAUUGAUGAUAAAUUGUUUCCGCCCCAUCACAGAAACUCUUUGGCAGUGGAAUAAUACUUCGUUGGACCUUUCCUCAAUUCAAAGCAUUGCGUUGAAAACCACACAUCUCAGAUUGGAUAAAGGUCGUAGACGUCGAUAUCACAAGGGAGAAAUGACGGUAUGGGAAGCCCUCGAAACUGGUUGCCCGAAUCUCAAGCGUCUGACCUUUGUCAAAGGCUCGAUGGAGAAAAGUCGUUGGGAUCCAAAUCUUCAAGUGGUUGCACGUCUUUUGCCAAUUAAUACGGAGUUGCUGGAUGAGGUCGUGCAUGAUUAUGUCAUCACUCAUCAAGACAAUUAUCUAGCUGCAAAAAACCCGGAUGAUCUAAAGGAAUUAAAGGCGUAUCAUCGAUGGGUUUUGCGAUGUUUGUCAUCGGGACUAGAAUCUCGGUAUGAGGAUGCCAGGAGAAUGAGAUCUCGAUUCCGUCAGCAAAUUGAGCGCAAUCCAAAAUAUUGGCAAAAUAUUAGUUUCGACGUAGCGUUCGUCUCGUGGGUUGUGAGCAGCUUCUAUAUGGGAAAGAGGAUGGAGAAGGUCAUAGUUGUGCCCCCAAAGGAUAAGCAAGCCGCGAUGCAGCACUCGUAUUUCUGGGCUCAAAGACCAAUAGUGUUUGUAGAUGAUAAACCUAAACUUCAAUUAGGAGCUUUCUCGCACCCGGUUUCUUGUCAUCCGGAUGGUAGUUUACUAAAUAGGAACGCAUGA